AUGUUUGCCUUUAAAUUUAGUGCCGUUUUGGCAUGUUUUGCUGUGUUCCUCAUUGGUUCGUCCUCCUCUGUUUCCAUCUGGGAUCGAGCCAGUCUUCUGUGUGCAAAUGUGAAUGGAGAACAGAUAAUUGACACAGAUUCACAUCGUGAUUUAUAUGUGGACCCUACAUGUUCCUCGGGGGAGGUAGUUUGGCGGAUGACAAGAACGCUGGUAACACUGCGCUUUCGGAAAGCUUCUCCAUUUUCCGUGUGUUUUAGCAGCAAAUCGCCUGUGGGUUAUGAAAAAUUUGCUUUACAUAAUUUUUCACUCAACAAUAUGUACGUGGGAAGUCCAAAUGCUGAAACUGACGUCUGUCUGAAUUCCGUCGGAAACUCCCUUAAUGUUAACCUGUUAUCUCUCGGAAAAUACUACAUAAUGAAGGCUUACUUCAAAGUGAGAUGUCUGUCUUGACGUCAGAUAUAAAAAUAGCUGUCCAAAAUCCCUAGCUCCAAUUGGCCAGAUUUCUUAGUGUUGGUCGUUCAGCGCCGUUGACCAUGUUAUAUUUAGAGCUUUAUGUAAAUUGCACCUGUAGAAAACCCUUGGUGUGGGUGUAGUUUUCAUAAUGGAAUGUCCGAAACCGUCCUUCAAAUUAGCUCACGUGAAAAAUAUUAACAUCGACCAUUCCUUCUACCUGGACAUUUCUAAUUUGCGACACAGAAACUUCCUCCGGAAGCAAUAAA